UGGCCUUCCACCUAGUAGUUACCAUACUGCUGCUGCUAGCCGUAAAAGAGAGUCACGCGUUGACUCUUUCCAGGACGAAAACGUACGACCAACUGCGUGCCGCUAUUAAAGAAUCUGAAGCGGCGUACGGUCUUGGCGGAAAGGUCCAUCUUAAUCCAGAUGAACGGCAGGCCGACCGAAUACUAAGGGCAAUGAAAAAGGACGAGCUAAAGGUGGUCGACCGAACCCGACCCGUGGCAGGAAUGCAUUUCUUUGAUGCAAAACCUUUCAUCGAGAAUAGCACCGUGUUUGAGGCGUUAAAACUUAUGCCGAAGGGUGCUAUCCUGCAUCUGCACAACUCGGCCGCCGUCUCGUCCAGCUGGGUGAUCAAGAAUCUAACUUACCGUGCGGAGGCGAAGCUGUGUAAUGUAGACGAUCGUUACUAUUUCACCGUAAGACCGCUUAACUUCUGUCCAGAAAAUCAAACGCGACCCAUCAAUCAGCUUCGCAAGGAGCGGAAGGAUGAUAUCGAUACGUUCGACAUAUGGUUGGAAUCGUUUAUCAACAUGAGCCUGAAACCGACGCGAACCGGAUACGCUUCCACCCAUGAGCUGUGGCUCGAUUUCGAGAGCUGUUUCGAUGCGAUGAAGGGCUUCCUGCAGUACAAGCCCUUCUUCGAGGCGUACCAUUGGCAGCUGCUGCACGAGUUCUAUAACGAUCGCGUGUAUUACAUCGAGUUGCGGAUGUCCUUCGCGAAAGUGUUCGACGCUGAUGGGAGGGAGUAUGGUCCACCGGAAGUGGCGUAUCUUUUGCAUCGCAUCGUGGAUGACUUUCGCCGCCUGCAUCCAGCGUUUCAGGGGGUCAAACUGAUACUGGCCAAACACAGGAACAUGACCGAUGGGGAGCUGGAGAAAGCGUUACAACUGUACGAUAGCUUAAGUACCACUUUUCCCGGGUUUGUAGUCGGAUUCGAUUUGGUUGGCCAGGAGGAUAUUAAUCGAUCGUUGAAAAGCUUUUCAUCGCUGCUAGUACAACCACCAGUAUCAUCGGGACCACCGAAAUACUUUUUCCAUGCUGGAGAAAUAGCUGGAUAUUUCACAGAAGCGGACGAAAACGUUAUCGAUGCCGUGCUGCUCGAUACUAAGCGUAUAGGGCACGGUUAUGCGCUGAUGAAGCAUCCCAUCCUUUGGCACGCGGUACAGCGCAAGCAGAUCGCGAUCGAAGUGUGUCCGAUCUCGAACCAGGUGCUUGGGCUGGUGCGCGAUCUGCGCAAUCAUCCGGCCAGCUUUUACGUUGCGCAGAACAUACCCAUCGUCAUAACGAGUGACGAUCCUGGCUUUUGGGAUGCGGUUGGGGUAACGUUCGAUUACUACUACGCGUUUAUGGCGAUCGCACCCCACUCCGGGCUAGGGUUUCUCAAGCAGCUUGUCUGGGACUCGAUUCGAUACAGUUCGCUAAGCGAUGGAGAGCGACAAAACAUCACCGCUACUAUGGAGAAACAAUGGGCCUUAUUUGUGCGGCAGGUUGUUAGUGCAAAUUCUUCAGCAAUUGAAUGAGUCGU